GUUCUGAUUUCUUCCAUGUAAAAACUAGGAAGAUUGAUUUCAGAUGCGAAUGCAACAAAAUAGCGAGAGAGAGAGAGAGAGAGAGAGAGAGAGAGAGCUGCAAAACUUUUCUGAGAAAAAACAUGGUGGUGGAAGAGACGGUGAAAUCUGCGGCGGCGGCGGCGGCGGCGGCGGCGGCGACCGGCGACGAUCAGAAUAACCCCGCCGCGGCGAACCCUAACCCUAAUCCGAAGGGCGUUGCAGGCAGCGGCGACCCGGAGCUGGAGGAGGGAGAGAUUGCGGGCGAAGAGGACUUAGCCGGAGCAUCGGCGAAGGAGGAGCCGAAGGCGGACCAGCCGCAUCCGCUGGAGCAUUCGUGGACUUUCUGGUUCGAUAACCCUGCCGCGAAAUCGAAGCAGAUGGCUUGGGGUGCCUCCAUGCGCCCGAUCUACACGUUCUCUACCGUCGAAGAAUUCUGGAGUCUGUACAAUAACAUACAUCAUCCAGGAAAAUUAGCUGUUGGAGCAGACUUUUAUUGCUUUAAAAACAAAAUUGAGCCAAAGUGGGAGGACCCUGUUUGUGCUAAUGGAGGGAAGUGGACUGUGAACUUCAAUAGAGGAAAAUCUGAUACCUGUUGGCUGUACACGUUGCUGGCAAUGAUUGGAGAACAAUUUGAUCAUGGAGAUGAAAUAUGUGGAGCCGUUGUCAAUGUCAGAAAUAGGCAGGAGAAAGUAUCUAUAUGGACGAAGAAUGCUGCAAAUGAAGUUGCCCAGGUGAGCAUAGGGAAGCAAUGGAAGGAGUUUCUGGAUUACAAUGAGAAUAUCGGGUUCAUAUUUCAUGAGGAUGCAAAGAAGCUUGACAAAGCUGCUAAGAAUCGCUACAACGCAUGAGUUUUUGCAUCUUCUAUUUAGCUCGAGAUGGAGUUUCUUAAUCCAGAAUCAUGCUCAAUGUCAAGUUAUGAUCUCAUGUAUUUGGACUGCCUUGUACUUUGAACUGCAGAGUAGUCCUUGCGGUGUAAAAAUAGAUGAGUUUGGCAUGUCAAGAAAGGUUUUUUUUAUAGGGGGAAUUCAAGAUGAAGAUUAUAACUGCAAGUUAUCCUUUCAAUGUGUGAUUUGGUUCUCGCUUUUCUAAUGGUUUCUUGAGCAA